AUGGGAUUAAUAUUAGCCAAAUUAAUUCGUAAUUGGUGGUAUGGAAAAGAGUAUAAAAUCAUUUUUGUUGGACUCAACAAUGCGGGAAAAACAACGAUAUUAUAUCGUUUAACGACAGGAGAAGUUGUCGGCACGAAGCCGACUAUUGGAAGUAAUGUUGAAGAGCUCAAAUAUCACAACCUUAGGCUAACAGUAUGGGACAUUGGUGGGCAAGAUAGUUUGCGGAAGUCAUGGUCUUCCUAUUAUGCUCAAACCGACUGUGUAGUUUUUGUGUUGGAUUCAACAGACUGCUCAAGAUUAGAUGUCAUUCAGGAACAGCUGAAAGAUAUCCUUCAUCAUCAAGACAUAGGUAGUGCUCCUUUACUUUUUUUGGCAAACAAACAAGAUCUUCCAACGGCAUUGAGUGCUGGAGAUCUUUCAACACAAUUACAGUUAACCAACAUCAAAGAUAGAAAGUGGCAGAUACAUGGAUGUUCAGCUUUAAAGGGUGAUGGAUUAGAAACAGCAUUAGACUGGAUUGUUAAUAACAUCACUUGA